GCUUGAGCGUGGGAAAGAAACGUUUAGCAGAGCCACAUUUGAUGGAGUGGCGCCGGCUGCGGAGGGAUUAAUCCUUUUGGGCGGCUGCAGCGCAGAGGAGCCCUCGCUUGGCCUCGCCUCUGGCCACCAUGAAGCGCCCCUGCGAGGAGGACACCACCUCAGACAGCGACAUGGACGAGACCAUCGACGUGGGCAGCGAAAACAAUUACUCCGGGCACAGUGCCAGUUCUGUGAUCCGAUCAAAUUCUCCUACGACAACAUCCCAGAUCAUGGCGAGGAAAAAAAGAAGAGGGAUUAUUGAGAAAAGGCGCCGUGAUCGUAUCAAUAACAGCUUAUCCGAACUGAGAAGACUCGUGCCAACUGCUUUUGAAAAACAAGGAUCUGCCAAAUUAGAAAAAGCAGAAAUCCUGCAAAUGACAGUGGAUCACUUGAAGAUGCUCCAGGCGACAGGCGGGAAAGGUUAUUUUGAUGCUCAUGCUCUCGCCAUGGAUUUCAUCAGUAUUGGUUUUCGAGAGUGUUUAACUGAAGUUGCAAGGUACCUGAGCUCAGUGGAAGGCCUUGAAUCAUCUGACCCCCUCCGGGUUCGACUCGUCUCUCAUCUCAGCACGUGUGCUUCUCAGAGGGAAGCGGCUGCAAUGACCUCCUCCAUGGCCCAUCAUCACCAUCCUUUACAUCCCCACCACUGGACUGCAGCUUUCCACCAUCUCCCUACGGCUUUGAUGCAGCAAAAUGGACUACAUUCCUCUGAUGUCUCCCCUUGCAGACUCUCAACGGCAUCAGAAAUGCCUCCCCAUGGUUCUGCUCUUCUCACAGCCACUUUUGCUCAUGCUGAUUCCACGCUUAGAGUGCCCACUGCUGGCAGCGUUGCUCCCUGUGUCCCACCACUCUCUACCUCGCUUCUCUCGCUCUCUGCUACUGUGCAUGCUGCAGCUGCAGCUGCAGCUCAGAGUUUCCCUUUGUCUUUUGCUGGAGCGUUCCCAAUGCUUCCACCAAGUGCGGCGGCAGCGGCGGCAGCAGUGGCAGCAGCAACAGCAAUCAGCCCACCGUUGUCCGUAUCGGCAACAGCAAGCCCUCAGCAAUCCAGCAGUAAUGGGAACAGUAAGCCUUACCGACCAUGGGGGACUGAAGUUGGAGCGUUCUGAAUUUUCUCUUCAUGACCCUUCCUGGAAGACUUCUGUAGUUACCACAUAAAGUGCUUCACAAAAGAGUGAAACCACUAUGUGGAUUCUCAAAGAACAGAUGACCAACAAUAUACCUAUUCUGCCUUAAGUCUGGCCAAAGUGAACACGAGAUAUUUCUUUCCUUGAAUUAGGCACUAUUCCAGACGUCAGAGAUCUUCGACAUGAUGACUCCCCUUGCUGCCAUGUAGACAUUACCUGAGAAAUAUGUAGACUGUAGAAUUAAUCCUCCUGCUAUGCCUUUUUAUUUGUCAGAGAGGUGGUGAAUUAUAUAACUGUUAAGAAAAACCGGAACACUAAGUCCAAAAUGUGUUAAGUGCCUGCUCGAAUGUUCCAAAUGUGUGGUGUGUUUGCAUGCAUGUUUAUGACUUUUCCUUUCUGAGGCAGACAGUAUUGUACAAAUAUGAAGAAGAUGCUGGAGAAAAACAUGUAGGGAUUUGGAAUCUUGUGAUGAGAUCCAGAAUAGAGAAAUAAUGUUCCUAAAAAAGUUACCCUGUAAGCCAGGCAGCCUUCAAAAUCACUGUGGUCUAAGCAAACUGACCAUGUCCAUGGUGACAGCUUAGCAGUAAGGAAACUGGUUGUUGAGUCUGCAUACAUAAAAGUUGAUCCUAUUGGUUUACUUUCAUUAUGCAGACUUAUCAAACAAUGAUAUGCAACAUCAUGAUAAAAACAUGUUUCUUUCCAGUGUUUGGCUGAACCAUCUACAAACCUUCUGGCAGUUCCGUUGAAGCUUACACUUAUACCCAAGUGUGCUUCUAUGAGAGUGUGAACAUCAGGAGAGUUUUUGGUUGGGUUGGGCAAAAUUUUUCAUGUCUUUGGAUGCCUUCCUUUGAGGGGUAACUGAAUGGUGGUGAUGGUUGCAGCUGAAGCCAACAGUGGACAGAUCAAGAGCCAAAAAUAGCAUAACCACCCCUUUCCCUGUCUCUUAUUGCAGUCUCUUUCUCUCCUUCUGCCCAUCCUUUCCAUCUGAUUGGGAUGCUGGGGAAGGGACAGAUUCUUCUUCCAGGGAUCUCCCUGCUGAGGACUUUUUAAAUUAGGGCAAGAGUUGCAUGCCUCAUUAAGACCACAGUUUGACUGCCCCUGUCCUACAUGAAUACAAACCAUUUUACAAAUAUUCACAGCUGACUUGUUUGGUUCCCUUUGCAAGCUAAAACCCAGCUUCCUCCUGACAGGAUGCAAAAUCUUUUUCCUCCCUUUUUAUUGUCAGCUGCUGGGUAUAGGCAUGAAUGAGUAGCUAUAAUAUAGUCAAUGGGAUCCUUUUGAUUGAUUUUGCCACUGCCAGAGUUUUUGUAUGGGUUUGAUUCACAACCCAAACCAAGUUGUUAAGGAUGUAAAUUAUUUUCUUACUACCAAAAUAAGCAGUGCAACAAAAAUAUUGUGCCUUUUUUUACAGCAACAUGAAAUAACAUGCAUUUUAAUUCAUUGACUUGAGAGCUAGAGAAUUUAUGUUGGGAACAAGUCGGUUAAAAGCACAGCAUGUAUUACUAUGCACUUCAUUUCUCUGCUGUGUGGAGAAAGCAAUAAACAUUGUGAAUGUUAAACAUUAUGCAAAAUAUACUUUGAAAUAUUUGUUUUAAAAAUACUGUUUCUAAUUGGGAGAAUGGAGAGAUUGUUCAUUAUUUUGUUAUUCUUUUUUUCUAUGCAAAAGCCUUUACAUAUCACUAAUUAAAGGA